AUGGUAAACCUCUGCUCCAUCACUGAGUUCCUGCUCCUGGCAUUCGCAGACACGCGGGAGCUGCAGCUCCUGCACUUCGGGCUCUUCCUGGGCAUCUACCUGGCUGCCCUCCUGGGCAACGGCCUCAUCCUCACCGCCAUAGCCUGCGACCACCGCCUCCACACCCCCAUGUACUUCUUCCUCCUCAACCUCGCCCUCCUCGACCUGGGCUGCAUCUCCACCACUGUCCCCAAAUCCAUGGUCAACUCCCUGAGGGACACCAGGGCCAUCUCCUACUCUGGAUGCACUGCCCAGGUCUUUCUCUUUGCCUUCUUCAUCACAGCAGAGUGUUGUCUCCUCACCAUCAUGGCUUAUGACCGCUACGUGGCCAUCUGCAAGCCCCUGCACUACGGGACCCUCCUGGGCAGCAGAGCCUGUGCCACCAUGGCAGCAGCUGCCUGGGGCAGUGGGGUUCUCAAUGCUCUCCUGCACACAGCCAAUACGUUUUCACUGACCCUCUGCCAAGGCAAUGCUGUGGAUCAAUUUUUCUGUGAAAUCCCCCAGAUCCUCAAGCUCUCCUGCUCAGACUCCUACCUCAGAGAAGCUGGACUUCUUGUGAUUAGUGUCCUUGUCGACUUUGUAUGUUUUAUUUUCAUUGUGCUGUCCUAUGUGCAGAUCUUCAGGGCCGUGCUGAGGAUCCCCUCUGAGCAGGGCCGGCACAAAGCCUUUUCCACGUGCCUCCCUCACCUGGCUGUCGUCUCCCUGUUUGUCAGCACUGGCAUGUUUUCCUACCUGAAGCCCCCCUCCGUCCCCUCCCCAUCCCUGGACCUGGUGAUGGCAGUUCUGUACUCGGUGGUGCCUCCAGCACUGAACCCGCUCAUCUACAGCAUGAGGAACCAGGAGAUCAAGGACGCCCUGAAGAAAAUGAGCACUGGCAUGUUUUCCUACCUGAAGCCCCCCUCCAUCUCCUCCCCAUCCCUGGAUCUGUUUGUGACUGUGCUGUCCGUGGUGGUGCCUCCAGCACUGAACCCCCUCAUCUACGGCAUGAGGAACAAGAUGCUCAACGAAGCUCUGCAGACAAUACUGGAACAAAUGCUAGUUCAAGAUCACUAA